AUGUUGUAUAGAUUUGACCCUGCUAGUAUUCUGAUCUUAGAUCGCCUGGACCAAGUCCUUGCUAGAUUGGACAACGGUCCGGCAUUGUCCACAAACCCUUCCGUAACGACAGGCGCUCUGGGGCCAGAUACAGCAGCUCAUGUAUCGACGGCCGCAGGCGGUCCCUUGGGCGAGGAACAAUAUAGUUAUGAUCAGCUUCGCAUACCUUCGAGGCAAACCACGCCUGACGCGAUCCUGGCUUGGCCCAUUUUCCAACAUCGAUGGCCUGACAAUUUCACAACCGACCCUCUCUUCGAUGCGGAGCUUUCUGACGGGGAGACGGAAGACGCAGGUUUUCGGUCAAACGUCAGCUCACCGACUGGCAGUAUCAACGAGGAACAGAUCCCAGCCCUUAUCCAAAUCUUCUUGCGACACGUUCACUCCAAGAACCCAGUCCUCGAUGCAGAAUCACUGUCUUUGCAGGCACGCCAUAUCAGUGAAGAAGGCAUAAAGUGGGACGCGGUGUCCUGCCUCGUGGUUCUUGCGUGUGCGUUAGGAUGUGUUGCUAAGCCCUUCAGCAACGAGGCGUGGGACUCGCAGUGCACUUCAAUCGAGAGAGACAGUGAAUCUCUCCAGCAUGGUGAAGCGUACUAUGCCUGCGCUCGGAAGAGAUUUGGAUUACUGAAACCAGGCAUCAUUGCUACACAGUGCCACUUUCUAGCAGGUGUUUACUUGAUGUACACCAUGCGCCCACUGUCUGCUUGGCAGCAAUUUCGGUCAGCCUCUACAUCAUACCGUUUGUAUCUAGACUAUCAAAGUCGGCGACGAACGCGACGUGCUACUGUCCCAGUUUCGACCAAGCAGCGUAGCCAGGAGCAGAGUCUCUAUUGGAGUUGCUACAAGUCUGAAUGUGAAUUCCGCAUAGAGAUGAAUCUCCCCGACAGUUGCUUGGCUGAUGUUCGAUACCCGGAUCUGCAUCCCUUGCCACCUUGUACAGAUCCUGCCAGCCCUGUAGAUGACCGAUCAAAUGCAGGCAACACUUCUCUAUCUGUAAGCAAAGUUCUCGGCAGGCAGGAACAGGAAAACAGCUGGUUUUAUUACCUUACCGAGAUUACUCUUCGUCGAAUCUGCAAUUCGGUCCUAAACACUUUCUAUACCAUAGAUUACAAGGAGUGGGAUGAUGAGCGUAUCCCGUACAUGGCGCGCGCUGCAAUCGAGUUUGAGCAACAAUUACAAGACUGGUAUGACGGUCUGCCGUUACCACUCCAAUAUGAAAGCGACAGAAUGCCAUCGGAAGAACUUUCCUGGUGUUCUCGCGCACGCGAACUCGAGAUUCGGUUACAAAUCUAUCAGCCUUUUCUAUACUUUGCUAUCCACCAGCUGCAUAGCAGUUCAUGUAGCAGUACGGUGCUACCUCUCGCGGAGAAAGCCUUAUUUUAUUGCUUCACUAUUAUUGACGCAUUACCAACACGUCAUAGACACCAUGGAUCCUGGUAUGCUACAAGAUGCAACGUAUCUGCGUCGCUCCUGAUUCUUGCCGCGGUCAAAUGUGAAUCAGUAUCAGUGCGCUCAGAUUGGCAUUCACUGGUGUCCUACAAUGUUAAGAAAUUGGCCUACUGGGAAGCAGAAGCGCCAGGGCUUCCAGAGGGCCUACAAGUAAUCAGGUCUUAUUUAUAG